GGCGAACGAAAGACUUGUGUAUUUAGUGUGGAACAACGUAUUGGACCAGUGACCACGUGGACGUGUAUUUCAGUUGAUCAGCAUGGCAGCCCCUGCGAAAAGCGUGGAGGAGCAAUUGGAAGAGAUGUUUGCGUCCGAUGGGGAAGUGCCGGGAGACGCGAGAGCGAGCACGGCUGCAGCAACAACUGUUCCAGAGGACGUGCCAGAGACGAACGACGAUGCCGUGGUACGGAGCCGAGGAAAGAAGCGCCUUAGAAACGAAGAUAAAUGGCUUCGUAACGUUAGGAAAGAACGGAGAGCUCUAGGUCAAGAGUAUGUAAACCGUAAGGGUAACCUUGUACCUCGAAAGGAAUUGCGGAAAAUCAGCGAGUGUACGUGCCGGUAUGAGUGCCACAAACACAUCAACGAAGAACAGCAGGAACAAGUGUUCAAUGAGUUUUAUAAUUUAGGCAGCCACGAUCUGCAGUCGGCUUUCCUGUUUACCAUGAUUAAAGUCGUUGAUAAAGCACGGUCUUACGUAGGUCAGCAACAUUCACGUAGGGAGAAGACGAGAUUGUAUUACUUGCUCAAUUCAAAUGGGUCUGAAACGAGGGUGUGCAAAAGAUUCUUUCAGAAUACUUUAGCCGUAUCUGCUGGAAGAAUCGAUAGGGUACUCAAGAAUAAAGGGGAAAAAGCCACCCCUCCUCGUGAUGGUAGAGGUAAAGGUGAACCUGGUAAUAAAACACCUCGCCACAAAGUUGAUGUAGUAAAACGUUUCAUAGAAAAAUUCCCGGCGUAUGAAAGCCAUUAUGCGUAUCAUAAAAAUAACGGUAGAAAGUAUUUAGGACCAGAUUUAAAUUUAUCAGUCAUGUAUUCACUGUACUGUGCAGAGGAGCAAAUGCCCGUUUCUCAUUUUAUUUUCCGCAAAAUUUUUUACGAAAACUUCAAUUUGUCAUUUCAUCCACCAGUGUCCGACUCUUGUCGAACAUGUGAUGCUUUGCAGGUAAAAAUAACAGCUGCCGAUAAUGAUAAGGAGAGGACGGAGUUAAUUGCAGAACGUGAAUUCCAUCAGCAAAAAGCUGAGUAUGCACGGGCAGGUUUACAUAGUGAUACAUUGCUUAGCAAAUCAGAUGGUAACGUUACAGUGAUAACAUUUGAUUUGAUGAAAACUUUGCCUACACCGAUCAUCUCAACUGGAGUUUGCUAUUACAAACGUCAGUUGUGGACAUAUUGCUUUGGCAUCCACAAUAUGCACAAUGAUGAUGUAUACAUGUUUCUGUGGCAUGAAUCCAUUGCGUCGAGAGGGCCACAAGAAAUUGGUUCUUGUUUGCUGUACUUCAUACGCAAUUUUGUCAGGACUGAAAAACUAAUUAUGUACUCUGAUCAGUGCGGAGGCCAGAAUAGAAACAUAAAGGUUGCUGUACUGUGCCAAUACAUUGUCAGCAGCUCAGAGUUCUCUGUGAAGGAACUAGACCAUAAAUUUUUAGUUAGCGGACACUCGUACCUGCCCUGUGAUCAGGAUUUUGGCUUAGUUCAGAAACGAAAAAAGUAUUUUCCUAAUAUUUACCGUCCUAAACACUGGAAUGAUGUGGUAGUGAGUGCCAGAAAAAGGAAUCCAUUCAAGGUAAUUAAUAUGAAUGCGGAAUGUUUCUUUUCAACAAAACAACUCGAAAGAAACAUCACGAAUCGAAAAAUGUCUUCUGGCAAUUGUAAAGUACAAUGGUUGAACAUACAGUGGCUGCGGUAUGAAGCAACCAACAGAUUCAAAAUAUUGUAUAAAUACUCGAACCAAAACCAAGAGCCAUUUCAGGAAAUUGAUGUGGCCAAACGAACAUCCACAUGCAUCAGCAAUCUCGAACUGCUUUAUCCUAAUGGAAGUGUAAUUACAGAGGCAAAAAAGAAGGAUCUGCUAAGUUUGCUUCCGUAUGUACCUCCACUUCAUCAUGAUUUCUACAAAACUUUACAAACGUCAUCAAAUGCUGUAGAAACAUUGCCUGUGGAUGAUUUUGAAAUGUAA